UGUCUGGUUGCAUGCUUGUCCUACUUUGAGUGCUGUUGUUUUGUGCAGUGUUUGAACUUUACCCGUCAGCUGAAAGACAGCAAAUAUUCAGUCAUGGUUCCUGGAACCCUCAUGCUCUGUUGUUCAACUUUGGUGCCACCUUGGGGUCGUUUCCUCCACAGUGGGACUUGUGUUACAUUGUGAUACAAUUCAUACAGUAUCUUAAUAACUCAAAUGGUUUUGAUUUGUUCUUUUCAGACUAACACUUUCCAGUGUAUUCUGGCCACUGACGGAGCACGCUCCUUUGCUCUCCUGCGAUAUGGGGAGAUGCGCUGGGGUCCUGGCCAGAGGCAAUAUCACAAUGCUGUCAUCGGCUACACAAAUGGAAAGUCCUCUGUCAGGGAGCCCACUGUCCCCCCGGAAAACCUCUUUGGACCUGGAGGCAGAUACAGGCCCCAGCAGGUGAAAGGGACCCUAGGAAUGUUGGGUCAGCUGGUGUAUGAUUUGUCAGAACCAGCAGGGUCAGACACGGAUCCCCAAAUCAUGUGCCAGGUUUGGGCAAUGAAGGAGCCUGACCCUGCUGAGUGGACAGAGGAGCUGUCUUCAUGUCCCUGCACUCGCAUCCAGGCUCUGGAGGACAUGUCGUUCCUGCAAGAUACCACUGAUCCGAGCUCAAGGGUGAAGAAGCUAAGGGAUCAGCGGUGGGGGGGUGCAGCGGGGCACAUCUUUAAGUCAGUCCUGUCCAACAGACAUGGUUCUGGGAAAAGGUGCAUGUAUGAACCAGAAGGUCCCCUGCUGGCUGGGUACAACGAGCGCUACUUCUUCGGACACAGCUUACAGAACCAUAUCGAUGAAGAUCUCCUGCCGUUCCAGUGGUGUUGCAUUGAGUCUCCUCUGUGUCACCUGUACCUCGACAAGAGACCACUGGACCGUUGCCAAGGUUACAGCUGGGCCAGCCCUGACGGCUUCACCCCAGACAUGAGGUCAACACAGGGAGUAGGUGAGGGAUUUUCACCAAUAACUACAUAG